AAUUAAUCCCGGGACUAAAUUUAAGAAGAAUUUAUCCCAUGUUUGGUUGGAAGAAAAAUACGGUAUAAUUAAUCCCGAGAUUAAUUAUUCCGGAAUUGCAGGGGGUUUUUAUUCUCAUGAAAAGAUAGAAUAAUUAAUCUCGGAAUAAUUAAUUCUUGGAUAAUUUCUUUCCAACCAAACGAACCAAACGACCCCUAAGUGUGCAAAUAUCUCUAGAAUAAUGCCAUGAAUAAUAUUUAAGAAAAAAGGAAAAAGAGAAAUGAAGUACGUACGAAACUUGCGCCACGAGGAGCCAGCCCGUUGGGGACAUUUGGCAAAAGUAGCCAAAGCCAGGUCACCAAGUUGCUAGCUAAUUAUCUACACCGCUUUUUGGACUGGACCAUCUUAUAAAGAUAAACUGUGGGACCAUAUUGUCCCGCCAUAUAUAUCCUCCCAACACCAUUUCUGUUCUUGCAUUAACAGAAUACCUAACUGUAAGUUUUCCAAACUACUACUAUAUCCAUAUCCAUUAUGCUUCAAUCAUAUAAUUCAUAUAUAUAAAAAUAAAAAUCUAAUGAAUAAAUGUAGACAACGACCUAGCGUGAAAGCUGAAAACUGAGUAGACGUGGUAGCUGUCUUAUUUUAAGUCGUUCUUAUCAAUCAAUCCUUCAUAAUUUCUACUAUGCCCCUUUCCCUUCUUAGCUGCUGACGCUCUGCACCAGAAUCUAGAUAGUCAGAACUCAGAAACAGAAACUUUCCUUUUUCAGGUUAGUAUACGUCUCUUCAAUCUUAAACAUAUUUCAAACCCCUUUUAAAGAGUUGAUAUCAUUAAAAUAAGAUUGAAGUCCAGAAUCCAAGAUUUUAGGAGAUUGUGAUUAUAUGGCUUUGAAUUAUGUGGAUUUAAAACUAGUAAGAAAGGGUUUGGACUACACUCGAAAAAAUAGGAACUUGGUUGUUGCUUUGGGAGCUCUUGGUGUCACUGGUUAUGGUGCUUAUAGAGCUUAUUGGUCACCUUCUAUGGUUAGAAAAAGGGAGAAAAUUUUGAAAAUUAUAGGUGCUUUUGUUUCUUUAGCCGAGAUGGUGUCUGAUUCAGCUGAUGUAAUUGGGAUUGUCUCUAAAGAUCUAAAGGAGUUCAUUGCAUCUGACUCUGAUCAAAUUCCUGGAAGUUUGAAACAGAUUUCUAAGAUUACUAAGUCAGAUGAGUUUUCACAGUCUGUUGUUAAUGUCACAAGUGCGUUGACUGUGGGAAUUGUGAAAGGUUACCAGCAAGAAACCGCGAAAAAUGGCGUUUCUGGGGUUGCAAAUUCUGGUCUAUUUGACCAUGUUUUGGAUAAGCUGUUUUCUGAUGCAGGGUCUGGUUUUGCUUCUGUAAUUGUUGGGAGCUUCGCCAAGAAU